AUGCCCUCGGCAGAGCAACGCCGGGUAGUUGGCCAGCUCUUUGCGGUUGGCUUCUACGGGACCGAAAUCAACAAAGAAAUCAAGUCUCUCAUCCAAGACUAUGGCGUGGGCGCCGUUCUCCUCUUCAAGCGCAACAUCAAAGACGCCGCCCAGCUACAAGCUCUCUGCCUGGGACUUCAACAACUGGCCAAGGAUGCCGGCCACACCCAGCCUCUCUUUGUCGGCAUCGACCAGGAAAACGGACUCGUGACGCGCAUUUCACCUCCAGUCGCGGCACAGCUGCCCGGACCAAUGGCCCUGGGCGCAGCCGCAUCGUUGGAGAGCGCAUACCACGUCGCCAAAGCCACGGGCAACAUGCUGCGCUAUUUCGGCAUCAACAUGAAUUACGCCCCGGUCGGCGACGUCAACAAUGAGCCGCUGAACCCCGUCAUUGGAGUACGGAGUCCCGGCGACGAUGCCGACGAGGUCGCCCGAUUUGCCGCCGCGUGUGCCAAGGGCCUGCGAGAGACCAGAGUCGCGCCCUGCAUCAAGCACUUCCCAGGCCACGGCGACACGGCCGUAGAUUCGCACUACGGCCUGCCCGUCGUCAACAAGACCAGGGAGGAGCUGGAAGCGCUUGAGCUGGUCCCCUUUCGCCGCGCGGCCGCAGAGGGCAUCGAGAUGGUCAUGACGGCGCACAUUGCCCUCCCCAAGGCGAGCGGCUCGCAUCUGCCCGCCACCCUGUCCCCCGAGACGAUCAAGAUCCUGCGCGAGGACCUCGCGUUCGAGGGCGUCAUCAUAACCGAUUGCAUGGAAAUGGACGGCGUUCGAGCCGCAUACGGAACCGUAGAGGGCGCCCUCAUGGCGCUCAAGGCGGGCGUCGACAAUGUCAUGAUUUGCCACACGUACGACGUGCAAGCUGCUUCCAUCGACCGCGUCUGCGAGGCCCUCCACGCCGGAGAGCUGUCCCAGGCACGGCUCGACGCAUCUCUCAAGCGGCUGCGCGACCUCAAGGACAAGUACACAGAUUGGGACACGGCACUGGAAGCCCGGCCGCCGUCGGACCUGGCCCGUCUGAGCACGGAGAACGAGGCCCUCGCCCGCGACAUUUACGCCAACGCCACCACGGUUGUCCGGUCGGAAGCAGGCCUCUUGCCCGUGUCCAGAAGCGCCAGCACGGUAUUCGUCUCGCCGGGCGUCAACGUUCCCACCAGCGGCGCCGCGUCCAGCGGGGAGGAGCUGCAGAAGACGCGCGUGCCCUGGGUUUCCGGCGCCUUUGGCGACACCCUCCGCAGGUACAACCCUGCCGUUGAGGACAUUCGCUUCACAGAGUCUACCCUGACGUCGGAGCAGUGGGCGCGGGUGGAGGACGCGGCCGUGGUCGUUUUGGCGACGAGAAACGCGAGGGAGUCGCAGUACCAGCGGCGUCUGGGGUUGGAGAUUGCCAGGCGGCGGGCGGGCAAGACGCUCGUCGCGGUGGCUACCUGCAGUCCGUAUGACUUUAUCGACGACGAGGCCGAGGUGAGGAAUUAUAUUGCCGUGUAUGAGCCUACUCUGGAGGCAUUUGCGUCGGCGGCCGAUAUUAUCUACGGCGCGGCCACGGCUAGGGGUAGACUGCCUGUUGCUCACUAG